UGACAGUCACACUGAUGGUUCGGACCGAAACGGACGUGAAAAAAAAGAUACUCAGAUACAUUUUGGAGAAGAUAUUAACUUCUUCGUACGUGUGUGGCUUCGCCGUCGUCGUCGAGAGAGAGAGAGAGAAAUUGCACAAAUUGACGGAAUCGCGCACACAGUUGUUGAGGUCGUCGAGUGCAAUCACAGCCACCAGCUUUCCUGAUAUCCAAGAGUGCAAUUAGCGAGCGUGCGCGUAUCUGUGAGGUGCAGUGUUUCUCUGUGAGCUGUAUGUGCGUGUGUGUGUCUGUGUCGUCUCAGCAACAACAACAAAAUUAAAAUACAAGUUAAAUUCAAGAGAAAAAUCAUAAAGAAAAUACUUGCCAACUAAAAAAAAAAGAAAUAUGCUUAAAACACAGUUUGCACAAAGUGCCAACUAGCGUAAAAGUAUACCGAGAAAAUAGCAAACAGCAGCAAAUUAAAUUGAAAAUCAGAGAAAGCACAAAGGAAACCCAUCAGAAAUAAGACUCUGCUCUCACUUAGUGCUUCCAAUGGGUCAUCACUUCAGCAAGCCCAUUGUACGAGCCAAUAGCCAGGAUCAGAGACACAGCCCAAAAGCAGCCCCAGCAGCCAUCGUAGAGGCUAUUGGCCUGGACGAGGAGGAGCUCCAGGUGGAAGAGUUCCUUAGCGAGGACACCGCCGCAUCGCAGUCAGAAGUGCGUCAGAUUAUAAUUAAAAUUCAGUUGGCCAAGAUGGAGCAGCCGGUGGAGGAGCACCAGCAGUCGGAGGAGAACCAGGUAGCCGCCACAUUGUCUGCGGACGCGCUAAAUGCAAAUGGACAACAGCGGAUCGUGAACGUAACGCUGGAGAGGGGAGCGGGGGAGGGUGCCACCGAGGAGGUGGGUGUGGUGGGCAGUUCAGCGGAAGCGCCAAAAAAUAACAAUUUCGCGGGAAGCGUCGGCGCUGCGAUUAGUACUUUACAAUUGCACGAUGCCAACAGCAACAAUUGCCAUGAGGAACAACACAUAGCCGCUGUGGGAGACGGAGAAUCCCGAGAGGGAGCCGACAUCAACAACGACUACGACGACGACGACGACGAUGUGGUGGAUGAGUCGCUGCUGCGUCGACGCCGGAGCAACAGCCACCAACACAACGACAACGAAGCCGAAGCCGUUGAGUACUGCGAGGUGCUAGAGUCGCUGCCAGUUAGCAAUAUGUUGUCGUCGGCGACGCAACACACGAGCAAGCAAGGUUCCAGAAACACCAAUAAUAGCAACAGUUGCUGCCGCAGUCGCAGCAGUAAGACACUAUCCAUGGGAGCAGCCGCAUCCUCCUCCUCCAGCGCCGCCGCCGGAUCGGCGGCCACAUCCUCCAAGCGGCGCUGCUGCAAAUGCAAGUGCCGGGAUGCCUUCCGUGGACUCAGAGACAUGCUGCCCACAUCCGGUGGCAACAGCAGCAGCAGCAGUUCCGCUCACAACAAGAAGGAAUCUUCAGCGGCACCGGUGGCGACUGUUUCGCGGAAAUCCCGGACAGCGGAUCGACGUUCAACGCCGCCCACGCUGGGUGCCUCAAGCGGCGCCACACAGCACCGAUUGCAGAGCCAACGGAAGCGCAACUCGGUGGCUGUGCCUGAUGCAAGCCAUCAGCACCACCAGGUUAUCAUACGGAUUACAUCGCCAGGCUUUGUGGUGGAGUCACCCGGUGGCGGCAGAGUGACUGUGAUCACCGAACCUGCGCCGCUAACGCCACUGACUCCGCCCCAGACCCGACCCUUGACAAUGGCAUCCGUGUCCAGCGUUGGUCCCCGCAACCUGACAGUGCACUCGCAGAUCGAUUUUAUGCAUUGCCUGGUGCCCGAUCUGGAGAAGAUCACCAACAGCAGCUUCUACUGGGGCAAGAUGGACCGCUAUGAGGCGGAGCAUUUGCUGGAGGGCAAGCCGGAGGGCACAUUCCUGCUGCGCGACUCCGCCCAGGAGGAGUUCCUUUUCUCGGUCACAUUCCGCAAGUACGGCCGAUCGCUGCACGCCCGCAUCGAGCAGAGCGGUCACAAGUUCAGCUUCGACUGCCACGAUCCCUGCGUGUUUACGGCGCCCACGGUAACCGGCCUGCUGGAGCACUACAAGGACCCCGCCUGCGUCAUGUUCUUCGAGCCCUGCCUCACCAUACCCCUCCACCGGCGCCAGACCUUCUCCCUGCAGCAGCUGGCGCGAGCCACCAUUGUCUCCAAUACAAGCUACGAUGGGAUCAAUCAGCUGGAGCUGCCUGGACGGCUGAAGAGCUACCUCAAGGAGUACCAUUACAAGCAGAAGCUGCGCGUCAAGCCCAUCGACCAGAACACCCCAGUGCCGUACUACGGCGAUGUAUAGCGGGAGGAGCAGCAGGUGGGCUUCACCUACUACGAGGAUGUGGAGAGUGCCAGCGAGGAUGAUGACGAGGACGAUGAGGGUGUCAAUAUACGGGUGUCCUAUGUCCAGCAUGCCGAGGUGGUGGCCCAGCUGCAGCAGGCCACCACCAAUCAACCGCCAGCAGCUCCCCGUCGAGCCUUUCAUCUCCAGGAGCAGCUCAGCCGGCUGCCCACGCGCAUGGCAGCUGCCUUGGGCCGGAUGUCGGCCAAUCUCAAUUGCUAUCAGCCGGCGGCCAGGCUGGAACGCCGCACCACCUGAUGAAUGAGAAGCCGUAGGAAGAACAGAAACCAGAGAAACCAAAACUCAACCUGAGACAAUCCCAGUGCAUCGCAGCCACCAUAAACAUAAGCUACAAAAAGAGCCCAAAAAAAUCCGUAAAUAUCGCUCACUGUCCCGGAAAUCCCUUACCAACUUCUCAGAGAGGGCUAGGACCUCUCGAUUUGGGAGUGAGCGAUCGCGACUAGCUAAUUGUACUAUAAACUAAGUAUUAUUACCUAAAGCAACAACCCCCCAACUCUCCCUACAAUGAUAAGUAUUACAAGUAAUUUUGUAAUUUUUCGUUGUAUUUAUUUUUAUCAAUUACGGAAUCUAAAUUAUUGUAAAUAUAAUAUAUAUCUAUAUAUAUUUCAA